CAAAACCAUAAUACUGCGCCAAAUAAGCCUCACGAGAAUGUGCAAUAAACUUGAAGGCAUUAAAUUAUAAUAGAAAGCACCGAAUUAUUAGCGGAGAGAGUGAAAGCAGAGCAGUGCAAAAUCUCGAAAUUAGUUGUACUAUAGAUAGCACCCAAGAAAUCCACAAAAGGAAAAACCAAAAUGGGAAACGAAACAUCACUGCCCAUGGAAAUGUGUUCCAAUUUCGAUGCCGAUGAGAUUCGACGCUUGGGCAAACGUUUCCGCAAACUGGAUCUGGACAAUUCGGGGGCAUUGAGUGUGGACGAGUUCAUGUCGCUGCCGGAGCUGCAACAGAAUCCACUGGUGCAGCGCGUGAUCGACAUAUUCGAUGCCGAUGGCAACGGGGAGGUGGACUUUAAGGAGUUCAUCCAGGGCGUCUCACAGUUCAGCGUUAAGGGUGAUAAACUGUCGAAGCUGCGCUUCGCGUUCCGCAUCUACGACAUGGACAACGAUGGAUACAUUUCGAAUGGUGAACUUUUUCAGGUUUUAAAAAUGAUGGUGGGCAACAAUCUGAAGGACACGCAACUGCAACAGAUCGUGGACAAGACAAUCGGUUUCGCGGACAAGGAUGAGGAUGGCAAGAUAUCGUUCGACGAAUUCUGUUCGGUGGUUGGAAACACGGACAUACACAAGAAGAUGGUUGUUGACGUUUAAUAGGCUUACUGAGAAUCAUUAUUUUUAUAUGCAGUUUUAUUUAUUCUUUUGUACAUGCAUAUAUGCAUUCUUCUUUUUUUUGUCACGAUUAAUCUCAUGAUAAUGUCACUUUUGUUGAUCAGCGAUCAGGGAAUCGCAUUGUUAUGAAGCUGCUAACGAGCCAUUUCAGUCAGCCAGUCAGUCAGUAAAUCAAUCAAUCAGUCAGUCAGUCAGUCGAGCAAGCAGUUACUCUUAAGUUGAAAAGUGAAAUAAUGCGCCUCCUACUUACUUCUUAAAUGUAUAAAUCUAUAUACAUAUAUAUACAUGCAUAUAUAGUCAUAAUUUAUUAUACAAAUAUACACUUAAUGAACUUACAAAUCCUCAAAACAAAAUCAAAACUAAAACUUAAAACCAAUUACAAUCAAACUCCAAUCAAAGUGAAGGCAAAUAAAGAAAGCAAGCAUGGUUGAACUUGAA